AUGGCGAUUCUGACCAUCCUCCUUUCCCUAUUUCUCUUGUCUCCUCGCCUCACCCUCGCAGACGAUGAAGCCGCGAGGUUAAAAGCGAUCCAGGAACGACUGUUGGCCUUCGCCUCGACCAACACCUCCUCCUCCAGCGCCGCGCCCGCCCUCGAAGCUCUGCGAGGCCUCUUCUUCACCGAGCAGGGCAGGGAGGUCGGUCUGCUGGCCCUCGAGGGGCUCGUCCUCGGCGCCAAGAGGCCCGACGCGGCCGCCAUCUUGAGUGGCUUCCUGCGCGAGCUCCAGCUCCGGGUGUCUCCGGCGCUCCUCGAGUCCCUGGGCCGCCUCAAGGAGGAGGUUCUCGAGGCGGAGUCCCUGGACCACGCCCUCCAGGCGCUCGAUCUCGACCUCGAGUCCCUGGGCCGCCUCAAGGAGCAGGUUCUCGAGGCGGAGUCCCUGGACCUCGCCCUCCGAGCGCUCGGCCUCGACCUCGACCUUGAGGGCUUGCUGAGGACGAGCCAGGAGGCCCUCGCUGGCUGGGACUUGACCUCGGCGCUCGAGGCUGUGCUCCGAUACACCUCCCCUCCGCCUUCUUCUUCUUCGGCUCCUCCUCCGAAGCAGGACAGGUUGGCCCGCCUCCUUCGACCUCUCCUGACCUCGCUUCUGAAGGAGUACAACGUCGACCUCGAACCCGACGCGGUCUUGGAGGUCAUGGCGCCCUUCAUGAAGGCCGAGACGGUGACCCAGCUUGUCCCCUUGCUUGCCAUGGCGACUCGGGGCGCCUCAGAGAGGAGAAAGUGGAAGCAGAAACAGUUGAGAAAGAGGGAAUUAAGGAAGGAGCGAAGAAGGAAGACGAAGGAGAGAAGAAGGAAGAGGAAGGAAGAGGAGGGAAAGGCCGAUAAGGAAGCGCCAGGACCUUCCUUGGUGCAGCUCCUCCAGCCCGUCCUGUCGUCCUUGAGGAGUGGGCGUGGCUGUGGGCGGCGCCUCGUGGCCCUGGUGGGCGGGGGGCGUGGCCUCGUGUCCAAGAAGCUCAAGGACCUCGGGGAUUUCAGUCAAGUCCUGACGUGGGUCGAGUCCUUGGCCGCCGCUGCAGGAGGUCAAGAAGGUCGAGGAGGAGGUCAAGAAGGUCAAGGAGCAGCAGGAGGGUUGGGUCUCCCCGAGGGCGUGGACCUCCAGAGCAUCUCCUCGACCUUGAGGCAGCUGGCCCUCCACGCCCGAGACCUCGACGCCAGCCUCUUCGAGGACGUCCUCCAGAGCCUCGAGGAGAACCCCGCCCUCGCCGACGCCCUCGCCUCCUCCCUCGCCCCGCCCACCACCUCCCUCCUCCUCCUCCUGGCCACGCCCGCCGCCCAGCAGUCCCUCCAGGAGCAGCUCGGCCUCAGGCUCUCCUCCUUCGCCGCCUCCUUCGGGAUGGCGGGCCUCACCCUCGAGAACUUCCCCGAGCGGCUGGCGCCCUGGGUAGGCCUCUUCGCCUCCGACUGGGGCUUUAGGCCUAUGGUGGUCCUCGGGCCUCUCCGGGACUUCCUCAAGGGCGUGCUGGCGUGGGCGGGGGCGGCUCUGGCGGAGGGGCGUGGCCUAGGGGAAACGGAACUCCGUCACGUGGUACACCGCGCCCUGCGUGAUGACGUCAUCAACACGCUCCUUGACGUCAGGCAGGCUAUGACGUCACCAAAGUGUUUCUCUCGGCGGUUGUGCGAGGUCAGUCGAGGUCAGGACGUGACCUCACUCAAGAGGGCGGUGGUCAGGGUCGCUGGGGUCAAUUGCGAGAAAAUCGUGUCCAAUCAUGGGGACUGUUCUUAA